UGGUCUAGAUUUUCCCUCCCUGACAGGUAACAAGAGACGGGAAUCAUGCCCACACAGUGAUGAAGGUUGGUAUUUCCUGCCCUGACAAGUCAAUCUGUGUGAAAAGGUCUUGAGGGAUCUAAUCAGGGGAAUUUAGUGAAAACACCUGUGGGGGUGUAACAUACCUGUGUAGCCUACAAUAUCUUGAAAAGCUGGCUGGAUGUGGUCAGGUAUUGCGGUCAAGUAUCUGAAGGUGCAGUGCAGUUCAGUGGGGACGUAGCAGGCGCAUGAUUUGGGGCAGUCACCGCUCGACGGCAGCACAGCAGCCAAGAACAACAGAGCCUUCAGCAGCCACCUCCACAGUCAGUUGCUGAGGACGCUCGUUGUAAAAUGAGGUUUGGAAGCAUCAUUUUAUUCGUCGCUCUCUGCUCUUUUACCGCUUAUUAUAUUUAUGAGCCAAUUCCUGAGGAGAUAGAAGAGAGAUGGAAACUCAUGCUGACCAACUCUUUCUUCAGAAGUCUCAGCAACCUGGCAGACCUCAGUGAAUUACUGGGGCUGAAGGACUACAUGGGGGUGAUGUACUUCAUCACUCUGGCUGAAAAGGUAGUGCCUGUUUCUGACGAGCAUGUCAAGGUGACAGAAGAGAAAUUUGAUGGAGUGGAGGUGGUGCUGUACCAGCCUAAGCAGAGGGGCGGUGAAACUGAGCUCAGGAGAGCUGUCAUAUAUCUGCACGGUGGAGGAUGGUGUCUGGGUAGUUCCCGGAUGAGUCCAUAUGAUCUACUGGCCAGAACAAUUGUCACUAAGCUAGAUGCAGUUGUUCUUUCUGUCGAGUACCGACUUGCCCCGGCUCACCACUUCCCUGUCCCAUAUGAGGAUGUAUACCAUGUGGUUAAACACUUCCUCCAGAAGGGGGUGCUGGCCCGGUACUCUGUGGACCCAGGACGCAUUGCUGUGUCUGGGGAUAGUGCUGGGGGCAACCUGGCAGCUGCGGUCUCCCAGCAGUUACAAAGAGAGCCUGGGCAGCAGGUUCAGUUAAAGGCCCAAGCACUCAUCUACCCCGUACUGCAGGCUCUGGAUCUUAACACACCUUCCUAUCAGCAGAAUCAGGACAUGCCCAUUCUGCCCCGCACUCUCAUGGUGCGUUUCUGGAGUGAGUACUUCACCAGCGACAAGGCGCUCUUCAGAGCCAUGAUGGCUAACACCCACAACAACCCUGAGUCUUCCCGUCUGCUGAAGUUUGUCAACUGGAGCGCCUUUCUGCCAGAAACAUAUCAUAGAAAAUACAACUAUAGUGCUCCUGCUGUUGUGCAGGGAGUCGGAGGGGAGGCAGUUGGGAUGGAUGUACCAUCUCGAUCUUUUGCUGACCCGAGGGCAUCACCCCUGCUGGUUCCAGACUCUGCCUUGCGCUCUCUGCCCAAGGCCUACGUUCUGACAUGUGAGUAUGAUGUUCUCCGAGAUGAUGGGAUCAUGUAUGUUACACGGCUCCGUGCUGCUGGUGUUGAGGUGACACAUGAACACUAUGACACCGGAUUUCAUGGAGGACUGAUGUUCACUGUGUGGCCAACUGACUUCCUGAUUGCACGUCGCAUGACAGACAACUAUAUCAAAUGGCUUGAGGAAAACUUGUAAAGACCUCUUGACUAUCAAUAUUCAUUCCAGCUUUUCAACACAAUGCACCAGUGUUUGGUUAGGUGCAACUUGUUCCCCUGGUGUUCAAGUUUUUGUUGUUUAUUUCUUUUUCUUUCGUCACGCUAUUUUUCUGUAAAUAUACUGAGUAAUAUAUCGACUUACUCUUUUUUUCCACUCAUGGAUUUUACCUCAUUAGAUACCAAUAAGAAACAGGAUUUUGAAAGAAUAGUUCUAAUUUAUUCACAUGAGGUGAUCUGAGUAAAAUACCAUCACUCAAGUAUUGUACUUGAUUGUAUGAUUGUGUUCAUUGUCCAACCAACAUAACACUACCCAUAGGUGGAAUAUUGAAAAAAAUUGUUGUGAUUGUUGUUGUGGAUGGUUAAACAUUGUUUUACAUGUAGGUGGCUAGCUGACCUUCUGUGGUGCUGUUCAUUGUAUCCCAUCACAGGACCUUCUACCUGAUCUUAUAUCCAUUGCGUCAGAAUCAAUACUAUAAAUUAGCAAUGCAUGCCACCAAAGAAAUAUGAGCUAUCCCAUCUGGGGUUUUAAGAAUCCAGUGCAAGUAUUGGCAAAGGAGGAAAGGAUUUUCACAACAGCAAAACUUUAAUAACUUCAAAACCUAUGUUCAGUUUGGCCAAAGUUCCAAGAAUGCAGCUAAUACUGAAACCUAAGAUUGUUUAGAUGUGUUUGCAAAACUAAAACUGCUGCAUAAUGGUUCCUGACAUUGCAUUAAAGAUUUGUCGAUGUAACACAAGUAAAGAACUAGCCCUUAGUUGUGUAAUCCAUACAAAUAUGGUACACAGGCAGAGGCUGCUUGGUAUGGUAAAUUAUUUAAAUUGCAGAGUGAAUGGUAUCAUCAGUACAUCUAAGUUCAAUUUCCACAUACUUUACGGAGUAUAACAUAAAUAUCUGGAGUCUUGUUUGCGUUAUAAUGGCUGCAGACAAUGGAAUUUGAUGAGCCACAUUCCACACAGAAUAUUGGUAUUUAUCAGUAAAGAUCAUGCUGUAACAAUGUACAUACCUCCAAACAUUCUUCACACGAACACGAACACGCGUACACACGAUUGUAAUUGAGCUGAGCAGGGUGUGUUGUAGCAAUACGGCAAAAAGAGGGAUAAUGUCCAAGAGGGAAUUUGGUUAAAGUUGUAUUUGGAGCCUUAAUAUUUACAACGCAUCACAAGUCUCAAGUGAAUUCCCUAUAACAAAAUGUAUAAAGGUGCAUGUGUGUACCGUUGGUACCUGGCUUAAACCUCGGAUAAAAUGCUUAAAGCUAAACGGUCUAAAAUGUGGCUGUAUUUCACUCAAAAGGAUUCCAAAACACGGAUGUGCAACCGUCUGCAGCUAAAAACUGUGUAUUCUAGCUGCACUUUGAGACACCAUGGCCACUGUCGCAAUUGGAGAUGUUGGAGAGACAACACCAACGGGACUUAAUGGUGCAUUUAAUGUCGCUGACUGUCGUUUUGUGCUCUUUUUUUUCUUUUUCUUUUUUAAGUAUCAGUUUAGGCACCGGAACCAUUUUAGUAUUGUUUUUGUAACAGUUUUGGAAAAAAAAAAGAUACCCCACCCUACAUAUGUGUGUACUACCCCCUUCUUUGUUCAAGCAUGAUUUUAUUGUAGUUUGAGUAAACAGCUUUGCAUGUGGUGAAUUUGACAUUCUACAUUAAGCUAAUAAAUAAGCUUAGCUUCCAAUUAUAGACUUGCCUUUGUGUAAUGGAUACAUUGCACAAUGAAUAAAGGCUGCUUUGUUGGAUGAAGUUGCCAGUGCAAGACCAAGUGCCAGUUUCAUGAUGUCAUUUGUAACAUUUAACAGUGUGUAAACAAGAUUAUAUGGCUGGCACUAAGACUGUAUGCCUAUUUCUGUAUUUCUAUUUCUUUUUUUUCUUCCAGUAUUUUAUUUUCACAAAGAAAAUACAGUAAGAUAUAUACUUUAUGCAAAUAAAGUAUGUAUCUUUUUAAUCAAGUGACAGUUUUUCAGAGAAACCUAGUUCAUUUGCAUUAGCACUGCUACAUUCUCAAUUGUAAAUAUGACUAUAUUCGUUUUGGAUUCCCUCUUGGAGAACCUAUGAUUUGCAUAAUUUUUAAUUUCAAUGUUAUCUGUCAAUAAAUUGACUGGCCCUCUAA